AUGGAUAACCCAGCCGGUCCCCUUGUGUCCCUCGGCAGCCACGAAACCUUCCCCCAAUUCAACAGCUUCCCCAUUGAACUCCGCCGCAUGAUCUGGCAAGCCACAUUCGUCCCUCGCAUCGUAGAGAUUCUCGCCUCGGAAUAUUGCACCGCAGGCUUCUUUUCCCAGGCUACGCUCCCAGUUGCAUUUUGCGUGUCAAAGGAAUCCAGAGAGGAGGCUAAGAAACAUUAUAAACUCAGCUUUGGUUCAUUUCUCCAACCCGCAAAGAUAUACUUCAACUUCAAUAUCGACACUCUGUAUAUAGAUGUUGCCUUGGAAGAAGAUGGUCUCCAUAGACUCUUCGGAAUCUUGAAACAGGAUGAGCUUUCUCGUAUCAAGCACGUCGCCAUCGAUGAGGCGUACCUUGACGCUGAGGAUCCAGACCGAGUUGUCCCGCCAAGCCCGAUGACUGCGGGUCUGAGGAUGGCUCUCAAAGCUAUGACAAGUUUGAAGGAGGUCACUGUCGUUCGCGAGAUCGAAGAUGAUUCUCAGAACUGGCACCAGGGUCGUGUACCGAAGGUGCAGAUCAAGUUUUGUCAUGCCAAUGAGCUUGGUGAUGUCAAUGAGGACUGGAUUGCUAGUGCGGGAGAGCUUCCUGAUGUUGGUAGAGAGUUGAGGGCCUGGAAGUUAGAGAAGAGUGUGAGAAAGAAGGCGAUGUAUGGAUGGCGGACGAAUAUGUGA